AUGGCAGAAGCCGUGUUGAUUGAUCUCUUUGGUUUGAAACUGAACUCUCAGAAAAACUGUCAUCAGACAUUAUUAAAGACAUUGAAUGCGGUCCGAUACCACGAUGGUGCCAAGGCCAAGUUCUUUUGCAUAAUGUGUUGUAGUAACAUCAGCUGUGACCAUGAUAAUUGUGAAUUAGAAACAGGCAAUGGAUUAUCAGCUCUCUUGAGAGAAUUUGAGAUUGUUAGCAAUCCCAGCAUGGCUGCCUCUUUGUAUACAAUUAAACAAAAAGUUGAUGAAAAAAAUUUGAGUUGCAUUAAGGUAAUUGUGCCUGUGCACCGGAAGACAUUAAUGAAGGCUUUCAUUGAUCAACUCUUUACUGAUGUUUACAAUUUUGAGUUUGAAGAUCUACAGAUGACUUUGAAGGGAGGUCUUUUGAAACAGUCUACUGAAGUAAACAUAAUCACAUCUCAAGAACUAGAAGCAAUCCAGAAUGAAAUAGAAACAUAUUUGAGAAGUUUGCCAGCACUGAAGGGAGAAUUAACCAUUAUCACAUCUCCUUUGAUCUCAGAUACUUUCAUACAUGGAUUUACUACAAGAACAGGUGGGAUAUCUUACAUACCAACUCUUAGCUCAUUCAAUCUCUUCAGUAGUUCCAAACGGAGAGAUCCCAAGGCAGUUGUUCAAGAAAAUCUGCGUAGGUUGGGGAAGGCUGCAGGAUUUAAUGCGAAUAAAUUUUACCAAAUAAAGACUGAUCAUGCCAAUGACGUCUGGAUUAUGGGAAGGAAGGAGCCUGAAUCUUAUGAUGGAAUCACCACAAAUCAAAGAGGAGUCACAAUAGCAGCUCUUGGUGCUGACUGUAUUCCGAUAGUUUUUGCAGAUCCUAUCAAAAAAGCAUGUGGGGUUGCUCACUCUGGUUGGAGAGGUACCUUGUUAGGUGUUGCUAUGGCUACAGUGAACGCUAUGAGAGCAGAAUAUGGCUGCAGUUUGGAAGACAUUAUUGUUGUAUUGGGGCCUUCAGUCGGACCGUGCUGUUUUACUCUUCCAAGGGAAUCAGCAAAGGCAUUUCAUAAUCUUGAUCCCGGAUGUGUACGGCUGUUUGACUCACCAAAUCCGUAUGUUGACAUCCGUAAAGCCACUAGGAUUCUUCUAGAACGGGGAGGAAUUCUACCACAGAAUAUUCAGGACCAGAACCAGGAUCUCAACCUCUGUACGUCUUGUCAUCCUGACAAGUUUUUUUCCCAUGUCCGAGAUGGCCCCAACUUUGGUACACAGAUCGGCUUCAUCUCAGUUAGAGAAUGA